UAGAGUCAACGCUUGUGCAGCAGCCAAUCAAUGGGCGAUCCUGUCGAUCAGCUGCUCGAUUCCGCUUAUCAUCUAAACCAUUACGCAGCUAGUCAUCCUCCUCAUCCCCCUUCUCCCUUUUCUCGUCAAUCUUCUGAUAUUUAUAAUCAUCAUUUUUACCAUCAUUCCCGCAACCCUUCCCCAGGUCCUUCUUCUCCCGCUCACACAACUCAUCGCAACUCUCCUGCAGAUGACUUAUUCCUCCAUCAUCACAUCGAACCUGAUCCAAAUUCACACCAAAACACACCAACAGAUGACCACCAAGUCGAUGAGGAACCCCUCUAUGUAAAUGCAAAGCAAUAUUUUCGUAUCCUCAAACGUCGUGUCGCUCGUGCUCGUCUAGACGAAGUACACAGACUCUCAAGGCAAAGAAAACCAUAUUUACAUGAAAGUCGCCACAAACACGCAAUGCGUCGUCCCCGCGGUCCCGGUGGCCGCUUCCUCACAGCAGAGGAGAUAGCUGCCCAAAAGAAUCAGGCCGCCAAUGCUCGUGACGUCCCAGACGAUGAUCAAGACGAUCAACCCCCUCUUGACAAGGAAGAUAAUCAAUCUCCUCCCACCCUUGACGACCCCGUCCUCCAGCACGUCAACCCGUAUGCCCAGCCCCCAUUUUCUGCCCAGCAUCACUUUCAAGACCCGGGCACCACCCCUGUCACAACCAACCCCAUCCCUCAUCCUCCAAAGCCCCCCGCUCCUUCCUCUGGCUCCGUUACCCUCCGUCCUCCAUAUACCCCAGCUCAAAUGCAUCACGUUCCCCACCCUCACGCCCACGCCAGGCACCAUCACUCUCACCUCAACUACUCAGAAGGUCUAUAUCCUACUGAAGAAGCUCCCUCUGGGAGCACUAUGCUCUCUUAUGGUACCCGCAAUCUCGACGCCCGUUGAUUCAUAAGCUUUCACCUUUCUCUCUACUUCUUUACUUGUCUGCUUUGCCUGUAACCGUA